GGUGAAAUGUGAUAAUUGCUUUAAAUGCUCAUACUAAUCCAAAAUUGCUGUUAGAACCAAUGCUGAGAAUAAGAUGACAAAUGUUCUUCUGGAAUCAACCAUGUUUUUGUUCAUGCCACAACGUAUCCAUCACCUCCUCUGUCCUCUGCGCUCACUUUUGCCUUGUCUUUCGACUCCACAACCUGAUUUUCCAUUCCAAUCGGUUUACCUGUUCCUCGCCCUCCCCUUUCCCUCUAUCUUUGUCUCUCCCUUACCCUCUCUGUGCCAUUCUUUGAGCUUAUCCUUGCAUCCCUGAUCUCCUUCAUCCCCUCCUAUCCUCAUCCGUUCUUCUCUUGCAGACAGGCAAGAGAAAGAGAGUUUUUGCACAGGUAAGUUGCAUCCAGUCUGUUGGGGGAACCUGUGGGAGGCGCAGAGAGAGUGACAGAAUUGAGGACUUAUUGAGAAUAUCUUGUGGACUAAGCAAAAUAGAGACUGGUACAGAAAGAGAGAGAACGGUAGAAAGCUUGUGUUAGUACCAAUCCCAAUCAACAGCAGCCAUGGGUGAAAUGGAGCAGAUGAAAAAGGAGGCCGAAGCCCUAAAGACACAGAUUGAGGCAGCUCGUAAAGCAGUACACGACACAGACAUGGCCUCUGCUGCUGCCGGGGUGGCUCCGGCCCCUCAGGUCCAACUCAAGACCAGGAAGACACUCAAAGGCCAUCUGGCCAAAAUCUAUGCCAUGCACUGGAGUACAGACAACAGGCUAAUGGUCAGUGCAUCACAGGAUGGCAAACUUCUCAUCUGGGAUUCUCACUCUGGAAAUAAGGUCAAUGCUGUUCCCCUCAAGUCCUCAUGGGUGAUGACCUGUGCAUAUGCUCCUUCUGGAAACCUUGUGGCCAGCGGUGGUCUCGACAACAUGUGUACAGUUUACAACUUAAAGACACCUGUAAUCAAGACCGUGAAGGAGUUGGAUGCUCAUACAGGUUACUUGUCCUGUGCACGCUUCCUCAGUGACACAGAGAUUCUAACCUCCUCUGGUGAUACCACAUGUGCAUUGUGGGAUUUGGAGACUGGAAAGCAGAAGACUGUUUUUCUGAACCAUGUUGGCGAUUGCAUGUGUCUGUCACUGUCUCCGGACAUGAACAGCUUUGUUUCUGGUGCUUGUGACUCUCUGGCCAAGCUGUGGGAUGUCAGGGAUGGCCAGUGCAAGCAAACCUUCCAGGGUCACACGAGUGACAUCAAUGCCAUUUCAUUCAUCCCUAGUGGAAAUGCAAUUAUCACUGGCUCGGAUGACUGCACAUGCAAAAUGUAUGAUAUUCGUGCCGAUCAAGAAGUGAUCUGUUACCAGGAUGCUGCACUGAACAGUGGUGUGACAUCACUGGCUCUAUCUACGUCUGGCCGCCUCAUCUUUGCUGGCUACGACGACUUCAACUGCAAUAUUUGGGACUCACUAAAGGGCGAGAAAGUGGGUGUGUUGUCUGGCCAUGACAACAGGGUGAGCUGCACUGGAGUACCAGAAGAUGGCAUGUGUGUUUGCACGGGCUCAUGGGACAGCUUCUUGAAGAUCUGGAACUGAGUCGGACCCUGAGACAAGAUGAGAUGAGAAUGAAUAUGAGAAUGAGAAUGAGAAAGAAAGGAUGAGUAAAUGUUGAGAGAGAGGAUGAGAAAUGAUCCAUUUCCAAGCAACAAAGAAUCUCACACACAAAACAUGCAAUGGUCCACCUGUAUGUGUGGGAUUUCUGGAAGACUGCAUUUCAUUAGUAUAAAUGCAAUAUUUAAUUGUAAAAAUCUAAGUCGCAACUAACACAGGACUGCAUUAAUGUUAUAAUCACAUGGCAAUCUCACGACAACGAUACUUUGAUUUGAAAUUCGUGUUUUUGACAGCUUAAAAACGGAAGAAAAUGGAUAAUCUUUUAAGAAUUUGAAAUAUAUUACACUUCUUUCAGAUAAAAAGAAGUCAGAUAAAAAUCCCUCUCAUUAGAUAAAGGUUUUUAUUUAUUACAAAUGACUACAGAAUGCAGAAGAAAAUGUACAGUGACCUUUCCCAACAAACACACACUGUCUGAGAUCUGAUAUUACAGCUCUUUGAUGAUAGUGACAACUUUGACCUGGCACACAGUUGGAUUUUUGAUUCCCAAAGCCCUCAAAAUGACAAAAUAUGUUAAAAGAUUAAAUGUCUAUAUUUACUUCUUUCAUCUUUUUGUAGGACUUUCACAUACAAAUUGCAGGGGUUACUUGAAUACCUUUCUAAUAAACAUAG